GAAGGCUACAAUGCCAAUUGUUGAACGUUUGGUCAACUGGUAAGUGUCAAUGAAGGGGAAGAUGAGGUGAAAGAGGAUGCAGUGAGAAUGGAGAAUACGAUAUCGACAGCGUAAUUUGUGGGUGGGAUAUGAGGUGCGACUAUAGCAGGGAAAGAAAGUUGGGAUGCUAUGUCAGCGUACGUACGAUUUCACUCAGGCACGGCCACAAAUCGCCAUCGCAAAUUCUCGCCUUUGGAGCGUGCUCUACUGGUAGGGACAAUUAACAAGAAAACAGAUUACAACCAAUCCAAUCAGCUUUAUCGACCUCACACAUCUUCUUUUACCUUCUUCUACUUAUAUCUCGUUUGCAAAUAUACUAACCACUACAUUCUUUUUUCAUAGCCUCAUGUUCCACGGCCGCAACAACGGUAAGAAAUUGAUGGCCGUCCGCAUUGUUCAACACGCCUUCGAAAUCAUCCAUUUGCUCACCGACCUAAACCCCAUCCAAGUCUUGGUCGAUGCCGUCGUCAACACUGGUCCACGUGAAGACUCUACCCGUAUCGGAAGUGCAGGUACCGUCCGUCGUCAAGCUGUUGAUGUUUCACCUUUGCGCCGUGUCAACCAAGCUAUUGCUUUGAUCACCACCGGUGCUCGUGAAUCUGCAUUCCGUAACGUAAAGACAAUUGCUGAAUGCUUGGCCGAUGAAUUGGUCAACGCAGCAAAGGGAUCAUCCAACUCUUACGCUAUCAAAAAGAAGGAUGAAUUGGAACGUGUUGCCAAGUCCAACCGAUAAACGAUUUCACCCUUUAUUCAAAAUUUCAUCCACGGCAUCUUCUUUCCUUGUUUUUAUCCUUGGUAGUGGAUGUACCAUGUAUUCAUAUCAUGCAUGAAAGCUAAUCCUGAUUUUCCUUUCAAAACUGCACAAUUUACGAGAGGAAGAUGGGGAAAAAAGAAGUUUGUCAAGUGGUGGGAGGUUCUUUCGAUCUUGUUGGACCUUUGCUUUUUCUCUGAUCAUUAUGGACAAUAAAAAGAUGAUAACUUUGGUCUGUACGUUGUUAUUUAUUUCUCUUUUUUGUCCGUAAUGAUUCUCUUCAUAUGUUUCAUUAACACAAAAUUUCUCGCAUACUGCACACGAUCAUGGCAUCAUACACUCAAAAAGCAAUACAUAUGCUUACGAUUACUAUAACGUACGAUCAUUCAUGAUGAGGUUAAACAGCAGCUUCUUAGUUUU